UCUUUAAAUGAACUUUUUUGGCUUUUGUUUUUGAGGAGAUAACUAAUGUCUCCAGUCUGACAAAGGUUAUUCGAAUGGACUUAAUCUUCCAGUAGUUGGGAGAUGUUUAAAAACACAUCCUGUGUUUCAAUUGUGGCUGAGAGAUUUCCUUGGCAAUGUGAGGAAGAAAAUUCUUUCUGCCUCAUUAUUAUUAAUUCAUGGAUUGAGUGUUGGUUCGACCUACAGGCGUAAUAGAUUGGAACUCAGUGAAGACACAGACGUUCCUGUCGAGAACAACCAGCUAAUUGCUGGGAAUUGAACCCAGGGCUUCGUGCCUGAUAGACAGCCAUUCUGCCACUGAGCUAUAUCCCUACCUGAUAUACUCCUUUCGUCUUUUUAUUUUGGAUUACAUUUUAAAGACGAUUUCUGUGCUUGAGUUGUCAUUUGGAAGAUUGGAAGAUUCAACCCAUUUCAAGAGGACUUGGAGCUGGUCCUCACUUCGAGGAAGCAGUGGCUUAUUUCAGGAAGCCACCUGGGAUCCGUGAAUUCACUCAGCAUGUCUAAUCAAGGAGAAGACUGCUAUUUUUUUUUCUAUUCUACAUGUACCAAAGGUGACAGCUGCCCAUUCCGUCACUGUGAAGCUGCACUAGGAAAUGAAACUGUUUGCACAUUGUGGCAAGAAGGACGCUGUUUUCGACAGGUGUGCAGGUUUCGGCACAUGGAGAUUGAUAAAAAACGCAGUGAAAUUCCAUGUUACUGGGAAAAUCAGCCAAUGGGAUGUCAAAAACUAAACUGUGCUUUCCAUCACAACAGAGGACGCUAUGUUGAUGGCCUAUUCCUACCUCCAAGCAAAACCGUAUUGCCCACUGUGCUUGAGUCGCAAGAAGAAGAAGUAAAGGCCAGCCAGCUCACGGCUCAACAGAACAAACUAUCUGUCCAGUCUAAUCCCUCCCCUCAGCUGCGGAGCGUUAUGAAAGUAGAAAGUUCCGAAAAUGUUCCCAGUCCCACACAUCCACCAGUUGUAAUCAAUGCUGCAGAUGAUGAUGAAGAUGAUGAUGACCAAUUUUCUGAGGAGGGUGAUGAAACUAAAACCCCUACUCUACAACCAACUCCUGAAGUCCACAAUGGAUUACGAGUGGCUCCUGCACGGAAACCCGGAGUCAGUUUAAAGCAAGGUGAAAGUUUAAAUUUUGGAAUAAAAACUCUUGAGGAAAUUAAAUCAAAGAAAAUGAAGGAAAAAUCCAAGAAGCAAGGUGAAGGUUCUUCAAGCGUUUCCAGUCUGCUACUCCAACCUCAGCCUGUUCCAGGUCCGGAAAAAGAGAAUGUUCGGACUGUGGUGAGGACAGUAACUCUGUCACACAAACAAGGAGAAGAACCCUUGGUUAGACUGAGUCUUACUGAGAGACUGGGGAAACGAAAAGUUUCAGAAGGUGGUGACAAUGAUCCCCCAUUAAAGCGGAGCCUGGCACAGAGGCUGGGGAAGAAAGUUGAAGCUCCAGAAAUGAAUACUGACAAAACACCAAAGAAAGUUCAAGUUUCCAAGUCUCUGAAGGAGCGAUUAGGCAUGUCAUCUGGGCCAGACAGUGAGGAGGCAACAGAAAGCGUUAAUAAAAUUGGUGAGAUCCAUGUGAAAACAUUAGAAGAAAUUCUUCUUGAAAGAGCCAGUCAGAAACGUGGAGAAUUGCAAACUAAACUCAAGACAGAAGGAUCGUCAAAAGCUGAUGAGUCUACAUCAGGAACAAGAAGCUCCUCCUCCACUGUCCGAAUCAAAACCUUCUCCGAGGUCCUGGCUGAAAAAAAACAUCGGCAGCAGGAGACGGAAAGACAAAAAAGCAAAAAGGAUGCAACUUGCAUGAAGUUAAAGACUGAUAGUGAAAUUAAAAAAACAGUAAUUUUGCCACCCAUCACUGUCAGCAAAGGACAAUCAGAGGAGCCUCCAGGUAGAACAAAAUCUAUCCAGGAGGUGCACAUCAAGACGCUGGAGGAAAUUAAGCUGGAGAAGGCACUGAGGGUACAGCAGAGCUCUGAGAGCACCACUGGCUCCCAGCCCCUCCCCGAGGCCACGUUAGGGACAAGGCGGCUGCUCCGAAUCGCCAAAAAAACAGGUAUGAAAGAAGAGAAAAAGCUUCAGGAAGAAAAUGAAGUGGCUUCUCAGAACAGUGCUACUAGGACAGAGGCCAAUGAGGCUUCAGAUGAGACUAUAGGAGUUGAUACCACAACAGCUCCAGUCAAGAGAUGUGAGACCAUGAGAGAAAAACAGCAGGAGAGGGGAGCCCCCCAGAAGGAAAAAUUGGUCUUGACACCCCUUCAGGGCGAUGCAGCCUCUUGCAAUUCCCAUGUCGUGGAGAAACCUCCACUCACUGCUGUGCCAGGUGUCACACGACACCUUACCAAGCGGCUUCCAGCAAAAUCGUACCAGAAGAUAGAGGUAGAAACCUCAGGGAUUGGGGACUCAGUAUUGAAUGUGAAAUGUGCGGCACAGUCUUUGGAAAAAAAGGAUAAAGCUAAACCCAAAGUAAAUGUGAAGCCAUCUGUGGUUAAAGUUGUUUCAUCUCCCAAACUGGCCCAGAAACGCAAGGCCUCGGAGAUGCAUCCUGCUGUUGCAGCUGUGAAGCCACUCAGCUCCAGCCCCGCCCUGCAGGAAAUUCCAGCCAAAAAAGCAGCUGUGGCUGUUGUCCCACUGCCCUCUGAGGACAAAUCAGUCACUGUGCCUGAGACAGAAACACCUAGAGACAGUUUUGUGCUGCCUCCAACCCAGUCCUCUUUAGACCCUGCCCCCCCGGAAGGAUCAGCCCCUUCCUCAUCCCAACUGGCCACGAAAACUCGCCGGCUCAGCUCUGCCUCGGCAGGAAAGGCCCCCCUCUCUGUGGAGGAUGAUUUUGAGAAGUUAAUAUGGGAGAUCUCGGGAGGCAAAUUAGAAGCUGAGAUUGACCUGGACCCUGGGAAAGAUGAAGACGACCUUCUGCUCGAACUCUCAGAAAUGAUUGAUAGCUGAAGGUGGUAGUAAGGACACUUCAAAAAAAAAAAAAACCUCACCAAAAAAAAAGACUUCAUUUGAUCUAUUCUGACAUGUACCUGAGAUGAUUAUUUCUUUAUUCUUGAAUUUGCCCCAAAUCAGAAGUAUACCUCUGAAUUACUGUAUAUGUCCUGGAUUCCUUGGGGUUGGAUUUUUCAAGACCCUUGCUCACCAUUUUGUCCAUUUAAUGCCAUUGUUUAGCAUCUUUGAGAAAAGUUCUGUAAUACCCUUCUCUCCACAAAAAAAAGAGACUGAGAGGGAGCUCUGAGUUGAAAGGGUGUGAGAGAACUUAGUGAUUCCUUGAGGUGUUUGUCAUGUUCAUCUGUUUUCCCUUUGUUGUAUCCUUUCUUUUAUGUAUUGUCUUAAUGUACUUAAUAUUAUCUGUGUUUGAAAUGGAUGAAGACAGCUGCUACCAUUGUGGACCAAAUUCCAUGCUACCACUAAACAAAAACCCCACCAGUCUGCGUUAAAUUGUAUGUCUUUUUAAUAUUUGGAGAUUUCAUUUAAGCUUUAAAGAGAGCUGAGUAGCUCAAGAAAACUGAAAUAUGGACAUGAUUUUGAUGCUUCAGCUGCUCUGUAAGCCUCUGAAGAGCAAUAGCUAAUUUAUUAUUACUGUAAUUUUUUAAAAGGCUUUAAAGUGCCUCAGGGGUCCCCUGAUCCUAAUUUUCUACUUCCGGGAUUCCCUGGAUUAGAGGAAUUAUUUUUUAGUAUGAAAGUUGUCCCUUUUCUUCUUCAGUACAUGCCUUCCUACUGGCAUUGAAUUAUCACAGGGACAUAAAGUGGUCGAUUUUUAAAUUUCUAACUCGCAGCAAGCUCCUCUUGCCCAGUAUUUAUUUGGUACCCUUUAACCACCUGAAUGGAAAAGAAAAAAGAACUCAUUAAAGCUGCAAUUAUUUAUCUAAGGACCAUAGCCGUACAAUGAAUUGUACUGUAGCUGGGAUUUUGAGAUGCUCUGGGGGUGUAUUGUAUACCUUCCAGUUUUCUACAUUUCUGAAUUUUUCUUUUCUUGAUGUUGAUCUCCUUCAUAUCACCUCAAGGGUUAGACUUGUGAAGGAACAAGUAUGAUGGGGAUAAUAGUCUUGAAAGGAGAUAUUGUACAUAAUCAGAAGGAGGAAAGGAGAAUCUGCCCGCUUUGACAUUUGCUGUAGGUGGCCAGUUUUGUUUCUCAUAGGGAAAUUGAACCACCUGUUGUGUUGGCUCCUAAGGAACUAUUGUAAGUGGCUCAUCAAGAGUGGAACUUCACGUAGCCUUGUUGGGAAUAUAGAAAAGGAAGCAAGCCAUGGGACUGCCCAUUCCAUCUUGAGCAGAUCUGGAUGAUUCUGCACAAGCAAAAAUGACUUGAAAUUUAUGUACAGACACCUCUAUGAGUCCAUCUCCAGCUGACUGAAUGUUGUAUUAUAGCCCUUCUCCAAAGCAGAGGUGAAAUGUUCUGGUUUCGCCACAGAUUUUAUGAACUCAUUUCAUUUUUGGAAUCAACUUAAGGAUUCCAGGUACCUUUUGUAUAUAACCAUUAUUCUUUUGCUUUUUUAAAAAUGAUUUGUUUCAUAUUUAAAACCCUUGUAUUAGUCAGUGAUUCAUGUUCAUCAUUAUUUGAAUCAUUUGCCAUCACAGAAAGAGAAAUACUUGUCUUUCAAAUAAAACCGGUGUAGGAAAGACUUGA